GCCUACAUGGUAUUCCCAACGAGGCACAAUGCAACACCUCCACACCAGCUCAAAUUAACUAAAUUCACGGUUUGACUUGAAGACAUAGAGGUGGAUAAGAUAGGUUUCUCUCUGCAAGCUACUUACUUGGUCAGCAAGUAGGCCUAUGGAGAGACACGGAAAGUACUCGCCGGUGGGAAUGAGGAGGAAAGACAUCGGACUGGGCGUGCCGCUGCAAGUCCGGAGCUGAGAUUGCAUCUCACCCCACCCGCUCGCUCACCUAGGGGUGAUCCACAGAAUUGUUGUGUAAAUCAUUCACGGUCAUUUGACAUUCGCCCAAUAACCUCAUUGGGACGUAUAUCAGGUGACAGCGAUGUAAUUCAUUGAUAUAGGAUAUUCCUUCGCUUGAUAGGUUGUUUUACUUUCACUGGAUGUAUUUUUUUUAAAGUGUUGGCUUUGUGGGAGGUUGUAGGAACCCAACUCUGGAUUUUGGAGAAACGCUGGACACGCCUGCACCUUGUAUUUUGGACAAAGUUCAAGGUUACUGCAUAAUUUUUCUCCAAAAUGCAUGCGUGAUUGUUUUUGGAUAACGGUACCGUCCGUUUCAAUUCACUGCAGUGUGUUUCUAACAAUUGUACGCUUUCUUUGAUCUUUUGGGGAACGGACAACACAACGUUUCAAAGAACGCUGUGCCAGGAACCAUUGGAUAAAUGUGAUCAGCAUGUUAGUCAAGGACAUUUUGCACUGCAACCGAGGUGCGAAGAGGCAUUGCUACCCAGCACAGAUGAAACCGAAUCGAUUGACUAAAACCCCCUUAUAGUAGUAGCUUGAUUUACUAAAACCCCCUUAUAGUAGUAACUUUCCACUAUUAUAUCUUUGUUAUUCCUGUGCGUUUUCCAGUGUGUGUUUACUAUACCUGUGGCCGGUGGUGGUACCUGAAGCCUGUCUCCUGUCUGGGUGUGCGUCUUUUCGCGCUCAGACAUUUCCCUGCGCUGCCCGACUGGCGUUGCUAUAGAGCAACCCUACGCCGUCUCUGUUUCACCCUGGGCAGGAAUCGGAUCCAUCCGUGUGGGGACAGAAGUGCAAAGUUGGACGCUAAUCGCCAGGCACCGUGCGUUCGAGAGCGGGAUCUUUCGACUUUGAGGGACUGGAGAGAGGGCUCAAACCAAAAAGGCAGAUUGGCAGGUGGCCCGAACUGAGCCAAUGACAGGCGGAGAGGAGUCUUAACGUCGGGCAGGCUUGAGUCCAGCCAAAAUAGGCUGUCAACAUAGAACAAAGUGGAGGCUACCCACACACACAUACACGGAUGAGAGCCCAGGCCGCCGGCUUGUGGACGGCGCCAAGUGGCGGCUUCCCCUCCACGUCUAUAAGAUUUGCACAUCACCCAUGCUCGUCCUCUGAGGUGGAGGGAUGGAGAAUGGAAAGGUGAAGUCCCCCUGGUUCAAGGAAGUUGGAAAAACACAAAAUAAUAAAUAUGAAGCCAAGAACAGCAUUGGGAGUAGAGAUGGGGUGGAUGCCAUGGAAUCGCUGUGCUCUGUCACUUAUGCAAUUCUAUCCGGAACUGGGACGUAAUCCAGCCCUGUGGAGUGGAGGGAAAUGUAUUCCAAAACCUGGAGCUUCUUUUAAUGCGUGAGGAAUGAAUUGACCUUAACCCAGACGCCUAACAUUCCUUUCGGAAUACUUUUUGGGAUUCCCAUUGAAAUUGCCUACUACAGAGGAACACCCUUGGAUGGUUUUGAUGAUGUGUUGUGGGUUCCAUAAUAAAGCUCCACUCUCCCUUAACGAUCGGUCAUUUGCCAAAGGAAUACAAUAAGAUGAAAAGGCGAUACAGUGUUUUGUUUUCCUCCCCAAGGGCCUUGGAAGUGUUAGCACACAGCGAUGUCGCGGCGAUGCGCCAAUAUCAAACGGUUGUUCUUUGAUCUCUAGGGCACUUUAUAAUCUUUAUAAUCCUCUCUCGCUCUCUCUUUCUCUACCCCCCCCCCACCCCCCACCCCCAUCUCUCUCGCUCUCUGUCUAUAUGGACAAUUGAAUAGUAUAUUCAUCAAUUAAGAGAUCAAAUACAUCCAUUAAGAGGUCAAAAUAAGAACCUGGAUCUGGUUUGGUUUGAUUACAUGAACUUACAGCACAAGUAUUGCYUUUUGGUUUGAUGGUGAAAUGGUGAGUUGUUUCAUUCUGACACAAGAAACUGACCCUAUUGUAUAACACUUUCCAAUUGAAAAGAUGGACACAGAUCAAAUACAAUGUUUCCCUUACUGUUGACUGUGUACGUAUUUGUAUGUGAGAUAUACCUUCAAUUUUCUCUGAUUUGAUACCCAUAUUUCCUUUGAAUUAUGAAACAACAAGAAAAAAAUACGUGAGAUGGAAUUGUAUGCUUUCAUAGGUAAAAUAUGUGGAUUUAUAAAGAAAUAAAAUUAUUUUUCUUGAA